UACUCGUCUUGCCACAAACAACUUGAACUCAAGGGUCGAAGUUGUAUGCGAAUAUUGACGUGGAACAUCAAUGGAGUCCGCACUAUACCCCAAUAUCAUCCAUGGAACACUUUCAAGACACACGAGGAAAUACUCAACAACCUUCAUGCGGACAUAUUGUGCUUUCAAGGUGUGCAUAAGCUCCUCCAAAAAUUUGCUCCAGUCUCACUCAUCUGUGAUUCCCAAGAGAUGAAGUCGUCGCGACAAAAUCUACCCAAAGCAGUGGGCGUUCCACCGUCCUAUCAUUCGUUCUUCUCUUUUCCCCGCCAUAGAUCGGGCUACUCUGGAGUUGCUGUAUAUGCCAAACUGGCGUCUGCCACCCCGCUCAAGGCCGAAGAAGGGCUCACGGGCCUUUUGCAACCCAAUCCACCUCUCCUGCCUUCGGAAUGCAUCUCCCAGCCAGACGCUUACCCUACUCAAACACCUGAAUGUGAAGAACUCGACCUUCGCUCGCUCGAUUCAGAGGGUCGAGCAUUAGUGAUCGACUUUGGUUUAUUCGUUCUUGUCGCAGUGUACUGUCCAAACGAUGGAACAGACACUGACCAGCGUAUUCAAUACAAAGCCGACUUUCACACCAUACUGGCGGCGCGGAUUCGCGGUCUUGUUGGAGAGAAGCGAGAAGUAAUUUUGUUGGGAGACUUGAACGCUUGUGCCGCUGUUAUAGAUCACGCUGAAGGCCCUCUUAUGGUUGCGCGAGCACAAGAAGAAGGAAUUGAAGGCGAAGAGGGAUUCUGGCUAACCGGAGCGCGAAAGUGGCUGCGUGAUUUAAUAGCAGAUAAUGGCGGAAUUCUGGUCGAUGUAGUCCGUCGUUUUCACCCGGACCGCAAGGGAAUGUACACAUGCUGGAAUACCAAGAUAUCGGCUCGUGAAUCCAAUUAUGGUGCACGAAUCGAUUAUAUUUUGGUCACUCCUGGCCUGCUGCCUUGGAUUGAGGCUGCAGAUAUUCAACCAGAGCUCAAAGGCAGCGAUCAUUGUCCGGUGUUCAUUGACCUCCGUGACUCUCUGGUUGAUAACCAAGGAAGAGAAAUCCUGCUACAAGAUGUCCUUGGAGUUACCCGAGAAGCUGAACCGCCUCGUCUCGCAGCCAAAUUUUGGGACGAAUAUAAACAACGCCUUUUAAGCACAUUUUUCACCACAAAAACCAGUUCACAUCCCUCAGACCAACAGCAUCCAGCUUCCCCAGACGCUUCCGGUAUAGCAUCCUCCUCCUCUCUUUCCGCCUCGUUGGAAAUGCAGCCUAGUAAACGGAAACUUGAUGCUAUUCAACCACAAUCCGCGUCUCAGACUCUAUCUAAGAAACCCAAGUCUCAACAGGAGAAACCUCAAGUUUCCUUAGACUCGACCAAACUCAAGAAAGCAGUCAAAGGCCAGACUAGUCUCGCUUCAUUCUUCGCAAAGCCAACUGCGCAGUCAUCGUCCUCAAAAGCCGUACACGCAGAAAAAAGGAAAACCACUGACAAAAACGACAUCAUCGUUAUCGAUGAGGACCACGCACCCCCAUCUUCGUCUCCGACUGUGCAGUCGGAUUUAGACGCAGAUUAUCAGUUUGCCCUCAAACUUUCGCAAGAACCCAUACCAUCAGCAUCAUCACCGUUAAACAAAAACCUUGAAGCCAAAGCAUGGGGUCGUAUGCUCGCUCCGCCUGCCCCACCGCGAUGCGUCGUGCAUGGGGAACCAGCCAAGUCAAUGACCGUCACAAAAACAGGACCGAACAAGGGCAAAUCAUUUUUCAUAUGCUCCAGACCUGUUGGGCCUGGGUACGACGCUGGCAAGGCUACCCGGAGACGGAGUGAGGUUGACGAUCAGUGGCGUUGCAAUUUCUUCAAAUGGGCCAGCGAUGUUCGCCGAGAAGAGAUGACGCGCAAAGACACGCCUGACUAG